CAUAGUAAGAUGGAAAGCACUCUUCGACUCGACGCAUUCCAUUUUACCAUACUCCUCUAGUCCUCUUGAAUUUUGAUUGCAAGAAAAGAAUGUUGUCAUUGUUCUCAUCCUCACCAAUCAAAUUAAGGUUUGCUUUUCAAUUCCCAAAUUCUGUUCCCCACUCUGCUCUCCGUCUUUUCUUCCAUUCAACUUCAUCCCUACACUCUCCCUCUCAGUCCCAAUCACUUGAUGAAGCUGUUGAUUCCUUCACUCGCAUGCUCUCUAUGCGUCGCCCUCCGUCCAUCAUCCAAUUCACCAAGAUUUUGGGGUCUCUUGCCAAGACCAACCAUUUCCCCACAGCCAUUUCCCUUUUUCAGCAAUUGCAAGCCAGGGGAAUCGCUCCCAACUUAUUUACUUUGAGCAUCCUAAUUAAUUGUUGUUGCGGCAUGGGUCGUAUGGCGCUUGCUUUCUCUAUAUUGGCCAAGAUUUUCAGGAUGGGUUUUCAGCCUGAUGCCGUAACGUUGACAACAAUCCUGAAAGGCCUCUGUCUCUGUGGUAAUGUUGAAAAAGCACUGCACUUUCAUGCCACAAUGCUGGCUCAUGGAUUUCACUUUAAUCAAGUCACUUAUGGGACCUUGAUCAAUGGGCUUUGUAAGACCGGACACACAUCAGCUGCUAUUCAAAUAUUGAGAAAGAUCCCACGGUAUGGCAUUGCUCCUGAUGUCUUCAUGUACAGCGCAAUUAUUGAUAGCCUCUGCAAGGAUACACUUGUAAGUCAGGCUUUUCAUUUAUUCUCUGAAAUGCUUGCUAAGGGAAUUUCUCCCAAUGUUAUCACAUACAGUUCUCUCAUUUUUGGAUUGUGUCUUGUGGGUCAAUAUAAGGAAGCCGUUCUUUUGCUAAAUGAUAUGAUUCUCAUAAACAUUACUCCAAAUGUUCAUACCUAUAGCAUUUUGAUCGAUGGGCUAUGCAAGGAAGGAAAGAUCAAAGAUGCUAAGAAUGUGUUGGCUGUGAUGACAAAACAUGGUGUGAAACCAAAUGUGGUUACUUAUAACAGCUUAAUGGACGGAUAUUGUUUGGUUAAUCAGGUAAAUAAGGCAAAAUAUGUAUUCAACACAAUGGCCGAGAGUAGAGCGUUUCCUAAUGUUCGGAGUUAUAAUAUCAUGAUUAAUGGCUUUUGUAAGAGUAAAAUGAUCGAUGACGCCUUGAAUCUCUUCGAAGAGAUGCAUCGCAAGAACUUGGUUCCUGACACUAUAACUUACAGUACUCUAGUUGAUGGCUUGGGAAAAUCAAGGAGAAUCCUUUGUGCCUUGGAGCUUCUUGAAAAGAUGCAUGAUCGAGGUCAACCCGCUAAUAUAGUCACUUACAAUUCCUUGUUGGAUGGGAUGUUCAAUAUCAAACAGCAUGACAAGGCACUUAUGUUAUUCAAGGAAAUGAAAGAGAGUGGCAUUGAUCCAGAUAUAUAUACAUAUAGCAUACUUAUAGAUGGCCUGUGCAAAAGUGGAAGACUUAAAAAUGCAAAAGAGAUAUUUCAAAAUCUUUCCAUUAAAGGCUGUUCUCCAAAUGUGAGGACUUACAAUAUUAUGAUCCAUGGGCUCUGCAAAGAGGGAUUGUUAGAAGAAGCAUUGGCCCUGCUGUCCGAAAUGGAAGACAAUGGUUGCUUACCAGAUGCUGUGACUUUUGAAACCCUUAUUCGUGCUUUGUUUGAAAAAGAUGAGAAUGACAUGGCGGAGAAACUUCUUCGGGAAAUGGUUGCUAGAGGCUUAUUGAAUUGAUAAAAGAAGGUGAAAAUGAUAACGCGGAGAAACUUCUUCGUGAAAUGAUAUCUAGAGGCCUAUUGCAAGGAGAAAAGUAGGUGAGAUUCUCUUUCUUUUUAACUUGUCUUUUGUUACCUUCUUCCUAAUCAUCUAUCUGUUCCAUAUUAUUGAUGCUUCUGAUUCUUUCUCUACAAGAUGGUGAUUCUUUGUUCUGUUUAGCCACACUUAGAUAUUUUCUGUCAUUGCUUAUUUGAUGUCUUUUUGUGUCAAGGUGGUUGUCACAUGUGUCUUGUGGGGGGUAUCUUGUUAUUUCCUUCUUUUAUUAUAUUUGUGCUUUGAUGUUAAGUUAUUCCUAACUAAGUUUGUUUUGAUUUCAUUAUUUCAAAGGGAAUCACUUGUUAAGUUUCUCUACACUCUUGUUAUUGUCUUCCAUUCUUUUCAUUUUCCCAUGCAGCAAUAUACUUGUUAGUUUACAGAGGUUUUCUACUUAGUUUUUGCUUCUUCUUGUUGUUAGUAGAUUAACCUUCUGAGACUUACCUAAACAAGUGAAAAUGUAGAUGUUCUUUCAAGAGUUUGUAGUAACUAGUAAGCAUGCAAUGCUUUUUUAUGUGUUCAACCUUUAUCGUAUUUGCUUUAGCUCUACUAUGCAGAUAGUGAAGAUAGAGAAUCAUUAUGGACAUGCAUAUGUGAUACCAAUGGAUUCUCUAAAGCGGCAGUAGGUGUUCAUAGCUCUAGUUGCUUUAAUCUUGCAACUGCACCUGGGUAUCUUCCUUAUUCCGUUUUGCUUCCAACUUGGAAGCUUUUCAAUGCUGCUACUGCUAAACCAAUUAUUAUUGUGCUUCUGAUAAUAUGCCUGCAAUUGCAGUUGCAGACCACAAUUUAAAACCCUUUACUUUACUUUCGUUUUGUAGAUUUAAGCCAUGAUUUGAAACCCUUGUAAUAUUUUUUCAAUUAUAUAUCUCGACGGCCUUAUUGGU